GGUGCAGUACGGUCGGUAGUCGGGCGUCAGUUGUAGUUAGACUACUCACAUAGCAGCACUUGAAACUUUAAUUUUUUUUUUUAUCAUCAGAUAAGCAAUAGUGUUUGUCUUAUCUCAUGAAACCACCACUGUUACUGUGCGUAGCAAUUGUAGUUCAAAAUAUGAGUUACCUUUAGUUAAAAAGAUAUUGGACGGUAAUACAAAAAGCGCAGAUUUGGUCUGAUAGAAACACACAUAUACACACACACAAAGGGAUAUCCCAUCUGGAGAUGUUUUUUCGUACCGUCCUGCACUGUCUAUGGAUCGGAUCCAUGACUUCAUGGGUUCGGGGUCUGGACUUUAAUUUCCACGACAGCAAACACAUAGAAGUAUAUUUGCAGUCCGUCAGCAAAAACUAUUCGACCUUCACAAGCCUGUACAGUAUUGGAAAAUCGGUGCAAGGUAGAGAGCUCUGGGUCUUGGUUCUGGGAAAGUACCCAAUGGAACACAAAGUUGGGAUUCCGGAAUUCAAGUAUGUUGGCAACAUGCAUGGUGAUGAGGUGGUUGGCAGAGAAAUGCUUUUGCAUUUGAUAGACUACCUGGUGAAAAACUACGGGGCAGAUUCCACCGUCACCAGGCUGAUUGACAGCUCUCGCCUUCAUGUCCUGCCUUCGAUGAACCCAGACGGGUUCGAGGCUUCCGCGCCCCCUGACUGCGUUUUCUCCAAUGGAAGGUACAACAGAAACAACGUGGACCUGAACAGAAACUUUCCAGACACCUUCUCAACGGCUGCUUCCUCCAGCGUGCAGCCCGAGACGCAGGCAGUGAUGAGCUGGAUCCAGAGAGAGAGCUUCGUGCUCUCUGCCAAUCUACAUGGCGGGACCGUCGUAGCCAGCUAUCCGUACGACAACAGCAACGGAGGAAGCGAGCUGGUUAAUGGAGUGAGUCGCUCCCCAGAUCAUGACGUUUAUGUACAUCUUGCUAAAACCUACUCCUAUAACCACACUACAAUGCACACAGGCACUCAGUGUGGCUCUUUAACUUUCCCAGACGGAAUAACAAACGGAUACCAGUGGUACACUUUAAUAGGUGGCAUGCAGGAUUAUAACUACGUCUGGGGGCAGUGCUUUGAAAUAACACUGGAGCUGUCUUGCUGCAAAUACCCUCCCGCAGAUCAGCUCGCAGACUUCUGGCAGGAGAACAGAGCCGCCCUGCUGGCGUACAUGCAGCAGGUCCACCUGGGUGUCAAGGGCCAGGUUUUAGAUGUUGAUGGAAAUCCGAUCCCAAGCGCUGUGGUGGAAGUUCAAGGGAGGAACAACAUUUGCCCGUACAAAACCAACAAGCACGGGGAAUACUACAGACUCCUGCUACCCGGGACGUACACAUUUGUGGUGACCGUUCCUGGAAGAGAACCGAUGAAAAAGACGCUGCAAAUCCCAAAUGGGCCGGCGAGCUUCUCUGCCUUGAAAUACGACUUUGUUUUCCAAAGCAACUCCCCUACCUCAGACUCUGUUGCUGCAGAAUCCUGCACCACCGCAAACCACAACAGCAACAACGCAGCAGCCUCCCUUCAGGCUCCUCACUUCGCUAUCCUGCUAGCCCUAGCUGGGGCUACGGCAAUGAGUGGACUAGUCCACAGCUAGCUGAUAGGAGGGCUAGUCGAUUUGCAAAAUCAGUAGUGGACUAGUUGGCUUUGUUUAUAAAGCCAUGCCACAGAGCCAUGUUGCAGUGAUCCUUUUUCACCGCUGUCCUGGUACCGUUUAUCACAAUCCAGUGUGGUUUAAACUAAGGUCCAUGUUAGUAAACAAAUACAAAGUCUGUACCCUUACCUUCGUUUAAUCCUCCGCAUCUGUAUUUAUCAACUGGUUCAGAAAAGAAAUGUCGUCUCAGCGCUGUCCCUUUUCCGUGUUUGUUACUUUCGGAAGUCUCACUGCAUGAUGUGUUGGGGAUUCUCCUUCUGGAAUCCAAGCCUGCACAAUGUGCUCAUGUUUAUCUACAUAUAAAUAGCAUUAUAUAUAAAGGAUGUGUAUCUUUAAUAAUAAUAAUAAUAAUAACAGUAGGCUUCAGCAAUACAGUGAGCAUGUAACUAAUGCAUUUAUAAUGACACAAAGCUUUACAAUAGUGAUAUUAAAAUGUUAUUUUAUGGUAGUAAUCAUCAAAAACCUUUCAUAACAUGUUAAUAAAUGUUCUAGAAAUGUAUCUUUUAAACUGACGUGUGGACCUUAACUCCAGGAAGGUCUGUCAGCCUGUUCGUGGUUUAGCUUUGUAGGAUCUUUCUAUGGCUGCUAAUCAGCUAACCACAAUCCCACAAUAAUGACAGUAAAUGAGAUUUGGGAUGGCCAUAAGGUUGAGUUUGAGCAUUGCGUGUCUGUUCCAGCAGGGAUCAGAUUAGCUCUUCUUAAGACUGCACAUUCACACAUCUUGUGUUCCACGCAGUUGCUCCAGUUACCUGAGAAGCGUUGGCAGACAAAUGCUUUAUUUAUUUAUUUUUUUAUUUUUUUAGCAAAAUCUUGACUUCUAGAAAGGGUAGCACAGCUAGGAAAAAAGUUAUAAAGGAACAGCAGACUGUGUCGAUUGCAGGUGUGCAGUGACAUAGAGGUUUGGUCAGUGUGAAUCAGACAUUCUGGUUUUACUUUCCCUUUUUGUACUGUUUUUAAUAUAUUUUUAUACAGAUAGCUAAUUUGUACGUUGUAUUUUAAUGCCACAAAUGUUAAGAGUGUGCAAGUUAAACGAGGCUGCGUAUGUUCUUCACACUUUAGUAAAAUGAUUUGCUUUUGUACUACCUCACAGCAAUAUUAAUUGAAAUGCAAGGAAAACUUGCAGCGUGCAUUUUUCAACACUUGAUCUAAAUAAACAUGAUCCAAAA